AAGGGUAAUGUUUUCAAACCAGCAACAAGCUUGAGAGGGGUGUGUGGUUUUGGGAUUUUAUCGUAAUACUCAAUUAAAAAACAUUACCACCAUAACACAAGCUCGAAUGAAUGAAUAAGCGGGACCCUCAGCGCACUAAUAAGAAUGAACACUCUGAGGAGUAGCUACCGCAGCUAGGCACUGGCCGUGUCAUGGCCAAGCCUGGGACUGGCACCAUGGUGGAAAAACAAGCAGGAAGGAAGAGCAAAGAUAAAAUUUCCUCUUACACCAAGACUCCGAAGCUGGAUCAGAGCGGGCUUUUGGGAAAGGAGAUGAAACCAAAGUCUUCCAUGAAACGCAAACUUGCCUUUGCUAUCAGUCCUCCACGAAAUGAGGAGCGGGAGUCUGACACAGAUUCAGACCCAGGACACUCAAGUGAAACCUGGGGGGGAAGAUUAAUCGCCCCCUGCAGGAUUUACGCAGAUAAAGAUGGUCCAGAAAAGAAGAAAGGGAAGAAGGAAACGGGAAGCAAGAAGUCGACGCCAGUGAACAUUCUGUUCGGUUACCCCCUGUCUGAGAGGAAGCAGAUGGCACUUCUAAUGCAGAUGACGGCAAGGGACAACAGCCCAGACUCCACCCCUAGCAACCUGUCGCAGGCGGCGCCGGUGCAGAAGAAGAGCCCCAGCGCUACGUCGUCCCGGCACAAGGACAAGGUCAACAAGAGGAACGAGAGAGGCGAGACCGCCCUGCACAUGGCCGCCAUUCGAGGCGACGCCGAGCAAGUCAAAGAGCUCAUCGCCGCCGGAGCGGACGUCAACGUCAAAGAUUUCGCUGGCUGGACUCCACUACAUGAAGCAUGCAACCUGGGCUAUUAUGAUGUGGCCAAAGUCCUGAUCGCUGCAGGCGCAGAGGUCAACACACAGGGGCUAGACGAUGACACUCCGUUACACGAUGCCUCCAGCAGCGGGCAUAAGGACAUUGUGAAACUGCUGUUGCAGCAUGGGGGCAACGCCUUCCAGGCUAACAAACGCGGAGAGCGUCCAGUUGAUGUAGCGGACUCUAAGGAGCUGGAGAAGCUGCUGAAGGGUGAGGCGCCACUGGCCGAUUCAGACAACAGUUCCUCAGAAUCAGAAGAGCCCUCCGGCGUUGAUGACAACAAGGAAUACACAGACAUUGACAGCAAACAGAAAAAUGGAACAGAAGAAUCUGCCUCUAGGCCGGGAUUGGAUGAGUAUGAAUUCAAGGACGAGGAGGAGGAGGAGGAGGAGGAGAAGGAGGACUCUAGCAAAUCACUAAAUAAGAGACACAUGUUAAGGCGGGAGCCAAGGCAGCAGGAGAAGGAUGAGAGGGACAGGAACCGUUUUGGGGCCAAGCAGGACAGGGACAGGCCCCCACGUACCUGCAAGUUGAAAAACCAAAAAACAGCCUGCGUGCUGUACUGCAGCUCUGAGGGCUCGAGUGAUGAGACUUCUUCAGAGAGGAGGAGCUCCUCUGUCUGUUCUCUCGUUAGUGAGGGGCACGCAGCAGAAGGAAGGGCUAAAAAAGAAACGAACCCUACAGCAGAACAAAAACAGAAGGGAAAAGUCAAGAUUAAGAACAAAAAUCAAAGCAAAAAUAAGGAAAACCAAGAACUGAAAGAGGACAGAGAUGAAAACAGUAAAGUUAUGUUCCUCUCCUCUGCUGUAGCUGGGCUGGAGAACCCAGAUAAGACUAGAGAGGAAGACUCUUUCAAGAUGUCAUUCAGCCCUAAAGAUGAAGACUCUGUCCAUUUAUUUCAUCUGUCGUCAGUGAUGUCUCCCAAGCGUAACCAUAGCACGACUGACAAGAUGUCAACCCCUCUCAAACUUGAAAAUUUGGGCAGUCCCAGUCAGGUGGACAGCAUGAAGUACAACCACCAUGUAGAACCAGACACCUCUAUGGAGACCUCCAGUACCAGAGGCUUCAAACAUAAGGAGAAAAGCAAGCAUCACCACAAAGAUCUCAGCUUGGAUCAUGAAGAGAACACCCUGGAUAGUACUGAAAGUGCCUUGCAAAAAACCGACAAAGAGGGCAAAAUAAUCAAGAAACAUAAACUGAAACACCAGGAGAACGAGAGGCACAGGAAGGAGAAUGAGACUGAGACCGAGAAAGAGAAGCACAGGCAAAGUGACUAUGGGAAAGAUGGCCGCAAGAAUCUGGAGUUUGACAGAGAGUUCUGGAAAGAGAACUUUUUCAAGAGUGAUGAAAACGAUGAACUUCUGCUUGAGAGAACGGAGUCUCCUCCGUCUGCUCAAAAAACAACAGAGGUGUCCCUUGUCAAAGAGGAGAGAGCAGUGAAAGAAAAACACCCUCACAGCAAAGACAAGAGGCAGAAAGAUGAGCAGGAAAAGGACAGAGAUUCUAAAAAGGAGAAGGAGCUUCCAUGUAAAGAGGAAAGGAGAAAAGAAGUGGAUGUGAGUAAGCAGGAAGAUAGGAUGGACUGUUGUGUUCCUUACUACGGGUCUGAAGAUUCUCCCCACAAUACUGGUGUGAAAGAAGAACUGGAGGAUCAGCCUAUCACUGGAACAGAUGCUGAGGAAAAGCUGUUAGAUACACCAGAGAGAGGAGCACAAGACAAAAUGGAGAAGAGGUUCUUCGGAAAGGAGAAGGAGUCUGAAAAGGUGGAUAAAAAACAUUCUGACAGAGAGAAGAGAAUUAAAACUCAGCACUUUUCGGAUAAAAAUGAACUCCCCAACUGCAGAGAGAAGUGGAGAGAGAGAGAAAAGGCUGCCUCCUCUCACUCUCCCAUAGAGAAAAAUCACAAGGAGAGUGAAAAGGCAAAGGCAAGCUUGUUGUUGAAAAAGCCCGAGGACAACCAGAAAAGCAAAGACAAACUGGAUCGAAAGAUUGAGAAAGAAAAGCAAGAAAAGGAACGGUAUCUGGCGGAGAACAGGAAUAAAGAGAAAAACGGCACAGAUAAGAAAGGAAAAACAUCUGAAAAGGUGACAGAUAUAGGUAGACUUGACAGACUAAGAGAAAAAGAGCGAGACUGUGAGAAAAAGAAGAAAGAUAAAAUAAAGGACAUUACUUCUUCCAGCUCAAACUUGAAAUUGGUUCUGGAGGAGAAGAAGAACAUUGUAUCCGAGAGCAAUAAAACAUUCCAUGAAAAGGUGAAACUGAAGGAGGAAAUGCAGAGGGCUCUGGAAAAAGACGGAAGGGAAAGGGACGGGGACAGAGAUGCUGACAAAUACAGAGAGCGGGACAGGCCUAAGGAGAAGUCUCAGCAAAUGAAAACCAGCAAAACAAAGGUAACUGAGGUAGAGGCUGAAAGAACCAAACCAAAAUCCUUGCCUGCACCCAAGAAUACCCGUCAGAAAGAGAAAAGGCUCGUUAACGAUGAUCUAAUGCAGACUAGCUUUGAACGAAUGCUGAGUUUGAAAGAUCAGGAGAUUGAGCAGUGGCACAGGAAGCACAAAGAGAAAAUCAAGCAAAAAGAAAGGGAGAGGAUGAAGCACCAACCCGGGCCAGAGCUCAGCAAGCUGAAGAACAAAGACAAGCUGAAAAGCUCAUCAGGUGAGCCCUGCGUUAGUCAAGAGACGGUGAAGGAGGCCACCAGUGCAAAAACUUUAUCCCUGGACACAAAGAGUCUUUCUCAUGCUGGAAAGACAGGCUUGUGCCUGGAGAACAGCAUUAACCACUCCCCAAGGCCAGAGACUGAGAAGUCUGGUUUGAUGUCCAGAUCUGCAUCUCUGAUCUCUGUGGCCAGUUCCGAAGACUCCUGCCAAGCGGCGGCACUUACACCAAGACCCCUUACUGAGCAUGACUCAGAUUCGAUGCUGGAAGGUUUGGAUUCUCAGCCGUCCAUCUUGCAGUCUUCCAGUACCAUGCUCUCAGGCGAGUCAGCAGCUAUACAUGAAAAAGAAUCUGAAGGUUCUCUUGAUCUGGUUCAUCGAAACAGGUCCUCUCUGCUCAGUAGGCAGGAAUCCCCUACCCCAAGAUCAAAAUUGGAUGAAGAUGGGAAACCUGUAAUCUCUGGUGAUAGAGGCUAUAAUGAGCCCUGCAGGGAUGAUGCAGUAUCCAGUGGAGAGCAUUCACAAGCCUCUGCUCCUGUAAACAGUUUGGCUUCUGCUCAGGGAAGCCACAGCAGCCAGGCACUGCUCCCAAGACUCGGUAAUUGCAGCUCUGGCAAAGAGAAUCUAGGCAAUGACAGUGACAAUGAGAGGAAUAACCCAAGUUGUCAUUUAUCUCUUAACAAUAGCUCUGUUUCAAACCGCAGAGAACCUUCAUUGAAGGAUUCAGAUCAAGCUGGAAGUGCACGUAUCAGUCUUUCACAUUCAGAUGCUUCACAGUGGCCGGCCACGGACGUGAGAUUACCCGGUAUUGCUGGUCCUGUGCUUGAGACAAAUGACCAGUGUACACUCGCAGAAGACUCCAGAGCAGAAGGUUUAACUGAGACAACAGCUUCAGAAGUUACAAGCGUGCAAACUAAGGAAUCCCUACCUGUGGACACAACAGGAGUGUUUUCAUUGCGUCAUCCUUCUCAAAAGUCGCUUUCCACAAUGGGAAUGACAUCGGACUGCUGUGGUGAGAAUGAAGAUGUGUGCUCAGAUUGCAGUGUUAUUUUGCUGCAGAGAGAAGAAAGGGGUUUACUUUUACCUUCUGAGCCCAAAGCAAACCCAACCUUAUAUGAGGAUACUCUCUGCACUGCAGGUGGAAAAUUUGAGGAUCAGAGGAUGGAAAAUGGCAUCUGUGAUUUGUCUGGAAGGGCCAAAAGUGGAUGGGAGAGCAGCACGGGUCCCUUAACGAAUUCCAUUAGUAGCACAACUGACAGUACUGAGGACUGUAGUCUAAAUGCCAGUGCCAGCAGUACUGAAGCUAAUGACACUCAGGAAGGUAUGGAGACAGAUGGUGUUGUUACAGAUUAUACCAAGCAAAAACCUCUCAAGGAAACCAUAAGGUCAAGCGGUUUUCAGUCUUACAAAAAUGAAUCGGGUAACCGAGUGCUGUCAACUGUCUUGGAAUCUAGUCCAGAUUGCAAGCAUCAAAUCGAGGAGAUGGCUGACGGUCUAAACAGCGAAGGGAAGAGUGGCUCCGGGGAGAUGGGUGAGAACAUGAGCCUUCCUGCAGAAGGUGGUCUGCAGGCGCACAUCAUAACUGAUGUAGAGAUCAAACUGGGUGAAGAGACGAGCGCCAUUCUAGCUCCACCUGAAGAGAAGUUGCAGCAUUUGCAUCAGGGUGCAUGCGACAGUAUGCACAGUAGUGCCCCGGGGGAUUUGUGCAAGGAGCACAGCGGUGUUCCUUCUGGGCAUCCUCCUCAGGCAGGAGAUGGGGCCUCUGACGCGUCUGGCGCCAAAACCAAAGUCAGACUUUUGGAAGACGAUGACGCUCAGGUGCAACACCCGCGGAAGAGAAAGCUGCACCGCGUCCUUCAGCCCAUUCUCCCAGGGCUCACCUUGCAGCAAUCCAAGGAGAAGACCCAGCAGUCCCUGGCAGCCAUCGUCGACUCGCUCAAGCUAGAGGAGAUCCAGCCCUACCAGACUGAGAGGGCCAACCCGUACUACGAGUUCCUGCACAUCCGCAAAAAGAUUGAGGAGAAGCGGAAAGUUCUGUGCAGUGUCAUCCCACAAGCCCCCCAGUACUAUGACGAGUAUGUGACCUUUAACGGAUCCUACCUCUUGGAUGGAAACCCACUCAGCAAGCUCUGUAUUCCAACUAUAACACCACCUCCCUCGCUCCCCGAGCCACUGAAAGAGAUGUUUAAACAGCAGGAGGUUGUUCGAAUGAAGCUGCGUUUGCAACACAGCAUUGAGCGGGAGAAGCUGAUAGUUUCCAACGAGCAAGAGGUUUUGCGUGUCCAUUACCGUGCAGCCAGAACACUAGCCAACCAGUCCCUUCCCUUCAGUGCUUGUACAGUUCUGCUGGACGCUGAAGUUUACAACAUGCCUCCAGAUGCCCAGGGUGAUGAUUGCAAAACCUCUGUGCGGGACCGAUUCAAUGCUCGACAGUUUAUGUCUUGGUUACAAGACGUUGACGACAAGUUCGAUAAGCUGAAGACCUGCCUCCUGAUGCGGCAGCAGCACGAAGCAGCGGCCCUCAACGCGGUGCAGCGGCUCGAGUGGCAGCUGAAGCUGCAGGAGCUGGACCCCACCGCCUACAAGUCCACAAGCAUCUUCGAGAUCCCCGAGUUCUACAUACCGCUCGUCGAUGUCAGCGAUGACUUUGAACUCGCCCCGAUUUGACACACUGACUCGAGUUAGUGAAUGGCAAUGGAGCGAAAACAGGAGAGCACUUCAUCCACUCUGGAGCUCCAAGCAAAGGAGGAGCGGCCUGAACGGCAGUGUCGUUUACUACGUAGAACUUAUCACAGGAAGGGAGCUGGUACUUGCACAGCAUUGGCACUUACUCAUAUAUAUAUAUAUAUAUGAAAAUAUAAUAUAUUUUCAAGGACUUGCAGUGCUGGGAGCUGCUGUCUGGGGAAAAAAAAAGCCCUAAGGGAGAGCAGAGAAAUGAAAAUGGCGCCAGAGCCCUGUCCACUUGAGCUUUUACAGAAAACAACUAUGAAAUAAAAAUAAAUUAUUUAAACUUAUUUUUCAGUCAGAGUGUUAAUACAUGUACAGACCGUGCUUUUAAUUUUUUAAUAACUUAUU